AUGUCAAUGUUGAAGGUAACUUCGUGGGUGGCCUGGCAGGAGUGGUCGGAGGAUGAGAAGAAACCGCCUCGAGGGAUAGCGACGAGGAUAAUUAACCAUCACAUCCUAUUUGGUAAAAAUGGCAAUAAGCGCGGGACGAGCUGCUCCUCGCAGGAGACCACCUCGCUUGGAAAUAACGGUGAUUCUGGUAGCGAGUCGUCCCCUAUACGUCUCAAAGACUUCAAGGGGCACAACCAUAAAGCUGGCAUGGAGAGAAGCAACCUUGUGUCGUAG